AUGUCGUUUCUUCGCCAGCUGGGCGCUCUCGUCUGGAAGAACUUCCUCUUCACCAUCCUGCGCCAUCCCAUUGGAUUCCUCUUCAAGUUCUACGCCAUCCCGCUCGUCAUCUUUGCCGUGCUCGCCCGUCUGCCCAUCUGGGUCAACGAGCAGCACUCGUUCCGGACAGAGCAGCCCGCCGCGCUGCCCUCGCUUAGCAGCGCCAUAAACGGCAAGCUUGCCAUUAUCCAGCCGCCCAACGCCGGGUCCGACAUCCAGGCCAUCGUUGCCAAAUUCACCGAGCCGCUCGGGAGCGGCAAGCUACUUCAUCUCGAUCGCGAUACCGACUUGAUUGCCGCGUGCAGUACGGACAAGCAGGGCUGCCAUGCGGCGGUUACGUUCUUUGACUCGCCAGAGACGAGGGCCGCCAAUGGUACCUGGAACUACACGAUCCGCGCCGAUGCUGGGAUGACGGGCAAGCACAGCGGCGGGCUGGAAACGGUGUACAUGCCGCUGCAGCUCGCUAUCAACAAUGCCAUUACCAACACGUCCAGUACCGCGGUGGAGGCCUUUGCGUUUGGGUCCACGCAGACGUUCAACGGGGACGAGAUUAAGAAAGGCGCGCUCACGGCCAUUACUGGUGUAUACGCCUUUGUGGUCUUUGCCUGCCACCUCAUCACAGUAUACAACCUCGCCAGCUGGGUCACCAGCGACCGCGACUCGGGCGUGUCGUCCCUCAUCGACAGCAUGGGCGGUCGCUGGGCAUCACUAGCACGGACGCUGAGCUGGGUUAUUGUUCUUGACGUCGUCUGCCUGCCCCUCUUCAUCGUGUUUGGCAUCCUCUACUGGCAGUUGCUCUUCCCGACGUCCAAUGCAGGCGUGUUGAUUGGUUGGCAGAUUCUGUUUGGCAUGGCCCUGAACAGCUCUGCCGUGUUUGCGGCCGCCUUCUUCACCAGAGCUCGCGUGUCAGCCAUCAUCGUGUCCAUCUUUUUCUUGGCCCUGGCCAUUGCGUUCCAGUUCCACACUACCAGAAUUCAGCCCCAGCCCGAGCCCAACACGGUCUUGGGCCUUUCCACCGUAUUCCCCAGCUGCACUUAUAUGCUCUACCUGUUUGACAUGGCAAGAUGGGAAGGAAAAGACCAGGCGGCUCACAUCUCUAGCCUCCCGCCAGCCCGUGAUAGCUUCAGCGAGACUCCCGAUCUGUACCACAUUACCCAGUCGACAUUGCUCGCUGUUCUUGCCGUUCAAACCAUUGUGUACCUUGGGUUGGCUAUGCUGACAGAGUGGUUCAUGCAUGGCAUCCACUUCAAAGGCAGGCACUUUUCCGGCGCGGUUGACAAGUCAUCCAAGCCCGCCGUCUCCGCCACUACUCUCAAGAAAACAUUCAAGCCCGGUUUCUGGACAACUAUUUUCUGCUGUGGCAGAAGAAAGGGCAAUCAAGCCGUCGAUGAUGUGAGCAUCGAGGCUCACCGUGGCCAGAUCAUGUGUCUGGUAGGCCAGAACGGCUCCGGUAAGACGACGACGCUGCAGAUGAUAGGCGGCUUCCUGGGAAUGAAUGCCGGCCAGGUCUCGUUUGACGCGUCGCCAUCUCAGAUUGGCAUCUGCCCGCAGCAGAAUGUCUUCUGGGAGGAGCUCACUGUGCGCGAGCACAUUGUCUUGUGGUCUGGGAUCAAGUCUGGCGGCGAGACGGCCGAGCAGAUUGACGCGCUCAUCGCCGACUGUGACCUGGCACACAAGAGCGACUGCAUGGCUAAGAAUCUGAGUGGUGGGCAGAAGCGCAAGAUGCAGCUCGCAUGCAUGUUUGUUGGCAAUUCAUCCAUCUGUCUCAUUGACGAGUGUACCUCUGGCCUGGAUCCCCUCUCUCGUCAAGCCAUCUGGGAUCUUCUCCUUCGUAACCGGACCAACAGAAGCAUGAUUUUCACCACACACUUUCUCGACGAGGUAGAUGUGCUUGCCGAUCAUAUUGUUGUCUUGAAAAACGGCAAAGUCAAGUCCGAAGGCUCGCCUGCCGAGCUCAACAGCACCCACGGCGGUGGCUACAAGGUUAUUGUUGAGCGGACGCCCCAGAGCCUGGCGGUUGACGUGCCCCAGAAGGCCGCCGUCUGGCAAGAUCGCCUCGUCUACAAUGUCGAGGACUCUGUUGCUGCCACGCAGCUAUCCAACAAAUUCUCUGCUGGUGGCGUUCACGAUGUCGUCAUUGCCGGGCCUCAGUUCGAAGACGUCUUCCUCAAUCUCGCGGGCGAAAACGGCGAUUCUGCUCUCCUCAAACCCCCGACUCUCGCCGAAUCAGGACAUCAAAUGAGCCCCGGUCGUGAGACGAGUUUUGGCACACAGGUUGGUAUCCUAUUCGGCAAGCGUUUCAAGGUGCUCCCGCGCGUCUGGUGGGCGUACUUUUUCCUCGUCGCCAUUGUCGUGGCCGCAAACUGCGGACUCUUGACUGUGACCACCAAGCUCAAAGUCGAGGAUUGCAGCAAAUACCAGCCUGAGUUGCGGUCAGGCUACACCACGAGCUUCCAGUACAAUGCAGCUUGCGCUCGUGGCGACCAGCCGUAUGGAUGCGAGAAGCUCACCGUUGGCCCGGCGAGCGCCAAUGCCACCGUCUUCAAGGCGCUGCAGCAAGGCUAUCAUGAUUUUGCCGGCGUCGACAAAGAUGCGGCGUACGGCUUCGUCAACGCACUUGGCGACAGGGCUUCAUGGCUAGAUUACAUGCAGAAGCAGACGGGCUAUGAUCAGAUGGGCAUCUACUUUGGCAACGGCAAGAAGGACAACGCAACUGUUAUCGCAUACCAGUAUGCGCAAUACAUUGCUGAGCCUACAGGCGCGAAGCUUCUGAAUAUUUGGAGCCAAGCUACCGGUAACAUUGAGAUUGACACUACAUACGGUUCUUUGCCGAAAAUUCAAAAGGGAACUCAAGCCGGGGCAUGGGUCUUUGCGCUCUUCAUCGCACUCGUCCAAGCCGCGUAUCCUGCCUUUUUCGUCGUAUACCCGGCCAUUGAGCGACGCAGCAACACACGUUCUCUGCAAUACGCCAACGGCGUGCGCAGAACGCCGCAGAUGGUUGCCUACAUGCUCUUUGACUUUUUCUGGAUCGCUGUCAUGUCUGUGGUCAGCACUAUUGCAAUUGUGCCCAUCCUUGGCUGGACAGGUUCGCCAUGGCUCAUGAUUAUCAUCUUCACAUUGUACGCCAUUUGCGGCAACUUCAUCUCUCAGAUUGUCGGCCAUGUCUCCAACGGACCACUCAAGUCGUUCCUUGCGGCCCUGACUGUCAACUUGAUCUGCUUUGCCAUUGGAUUCGGCACCGUUUUUGGAACGCUGAGCAAGCCAGAUCAAGUCAAUUCUGGUGUCACAUGGGGUCUUGGGUUCUUUCUUCCCACGGCGAACCUCGUUCGCGCCCUCCUUGUCGGCCUCAAUGCCGGUGGACUGGGUUGCAGCAACGGUGGCAUCAAGCAGAUGGGCGCCAUGGACGCCUACGGCGGCCCAAUUCUGUAUCUUGUUCUUCAAGUCAUCUGGCUCGGUAUCCUCUCCGUUUGGGUUGACGGUGGGCUGCCGUACAUUCCCCUGCUUCAUUUGUUUAAGCGCAAGCACACCACCGCAGCAUCGUCCACUUCCGGCACCGAACUGCAAGAGCUGGCUGCUACUGGCCAAGACGACGUUCGUGCUGAAGCUACUCGCACGCUCGGCACCGACUCUGAUCUACUGCGCGUGCUCAAUGUCACAAAACGGUUCGGCAGCAAUGUUGCAGUCGACGACGUCACCUUUGGACUGUCCCCGGGCGAGGUGCUCGCGCUUCUCGGCCCCAAUGGCGCCGGCAAGUCGACGCUCGUCAACAUGAUUCAGUCCGAGUUUGCCAGCACGCAUGGCACCAUCUACCUCUGCGGGCAAGACUCGCGCAGCUUGUCGGCGCGCAAGCACCUCGGCGUGUGCCCGCAGCACGACUGCCUGGACCUGCUGAGCACGCGGCAGCACCUGACGCUGUACGCGCGCAUCAAGGGCGUGCGCAACGUCAAGGACAACGUAACAAGCCUCAUGGAGCGUCUGGAUCUCGCGCCGCACGCCCGCACCAUGGCGGCCAAGCUGUCCGGCGGCAACAAGCGCAAGCUGAGCCUCGCGAUUGCGCUCAUGGGCAUGCCGCCGGUGCUGGUGCUCGACGAGCCGACCACGGCCAUGGACGCCAUGGCCAAGCGGUCCUUCUGGCGACUGAUUGAGAGCAUCGCCAACGACCACUCGAUCCUGCUCACGACGCACAGCAUGGAGGAGGCCGACCGGCUCGCCAGCCGCACCGCCAUCAUGGCGAGCCGCAUGCUGGCCAUUGGCUCGACGGCGCAGCUGCGCAGCAAGUACGGCGGCGGCUACAGCAUCAGCCUCACGCUUGCCUCGGCGCCCAACUCGACGCAAGAGGAGAUGGGUGCGGUGCUGGCGUGGAUGCGCCAGCACGCACCGGGCCAGGUGAAGCUGGAGCGCGAGAUGCUUCGCGGGCAGAUCCGCUUCACGCUGGCGCCGACAGAGGUGGCGGCGGGUGUUCAGAAGAAGCCACCGGCGGCGAUUGCCAUGUGGAACCUGCUGGACGAGAACAAGAACGCACUCGGGAUCGCGUUUUACUCGAUCGGUGGCGCGACGUUGGCAAAUGCGUUUAACAACGUGGUUCGGGCGAAUAAUGUGCGGGAGGAGAAUAGUGAGGCAAAGAAGAGGUCGGUUGGCCAAAAGAUUCGAGACUUAUUUUAA